CACCAAACACACUCUGUUCUGUCUCCAUUGGUCCUAAAAAAGCAUAAACUGUACCAACUCAGAACAAACAACGUACCCCCAAAUGCAAACAAAAACAAAACAAAACAAAACAAAUUAAUUAAUUAAUUAAUUAAUUAAACCGCUACUUCAUCAGUCUUCCAUUUUUCUCUGUUGUUGGAAAGAGAACAAAGCACGAAAAUCCCCCCUCCAACCAUUUAUGGUUGAAUUUUUUCUGCUUAUUUUGUUUGAAUUUUGUUCUACGACAGUUGACCUAAUUUCAAUUCCCAUACAAAAGAAGAAAAAAAAAGCUUCCAUAAGUCGUAACUCAAAACAGAUAACUGAGAUAGAAAACAGGAAGAGAAUCACAAUGGGGAAUUCAUUUGGGUGCUCAGCUUCAGGGGAGAGAUUAGUGUCGGCGGCCAGAGAUGGGGAUCUGGUGGAAGCCAAGAUGCUUCUGGAUUGCAAUCCUUGUCUUGCUAAAUAUUCCACUUUUGGUGGCCUUAAUUCUCCUCUUCAUUUCGCUGCCGCCAAAGGCCACAAUGAGAUUGUUGCUCUGUUGCUCGAGAAUGGAGCUGAUGUUAAUUCCAGGAAUUACUGUGGCCAGACGGCAUUGAUGCAAGCAUGUAGAUAUGGGCACUGGGAAGUUGUACAGACCCUUCUGCUUUUCCGAUGCAAUGUUAUGAGAGCGGAUUAUCUAAGUGGGAGAACUGCUCUACAUUUUGCUGCUGUAAAUGGGCAUGUAAGAUGUAUAAGACUAGUUGUAGCUGAUUUUGUUCCUAGUGCUCCUUUCGAAGCUAUAAACACCCAAAUAGAAGGUGAAAGAGGGGAUGGUUCCAGUGUGAGGAACAAAAGUGACCAGAGUGCAUUAUCAAAGUUUGUAAAUACGGCAGCUGAUAGUGGGAUUACUGCUCUUCAUAUGGCUGCAUUAAAUGGGUAUUUUGCUUGUGUACAGCUUUUAUUAGACCUUCAUGCCAAUGUCUCUGCCAUCACAUUUCAUUAUGGAACAUCAAUGGAUUUGAUAGGAGCUGGAAGCACUCCUUUGCAUUAUGCUGCUUGUGGGGGCAAUUUGAAGUGCUGCCAGAUCCUUCUAGCUAGAGGAGCCAGACAAGUGACUUUGAAUUGCAAUGGGUGGCUGCCACUUGAUGUUGCCAGAACGUGGGGUCGUCAUUGGCUUGAGCCCGUACUGGCACCUAAAUCUGACACAACCAUACCCAGAUUUCCUUCUUCCAACUACUUGUCCUUGCCUCUUUCGAGUGUACUUAACAUAGCAAGAGAAUAUGGGUUGCAGUCCUCAACAACCUCCUCGGAUGAUGCUGACACUUGUGCUGUCUGUCUUGAGAGAGUGUGCGGUGUUGCUGCUGAAGGAUGUGGGCAUGAGCUAUGCGUAAGGUGUGCCCUGUAUCUUUGCUCAACAAGCCACAUUCCUUCCAAUUUGCCGGCCCCUCCAGGGUCUAUUCCAUGCCCUCUCUGUAGACAUGGCAUUCUCUCCUUUGCCAAAUUGCCUAGUUCCCCAGUAAAAGAAAUUAAGCUACAUCUCUCCCUUGGCCUCUGUACCCCGUGCAUGCUUCAUCCUCGUGAUGCAGAUUGCCCGUCACCAGCUUCAGAGAUCCGAAAGAAUCACGUUGCAUCAGUUUCUUCACAUAUUUUCUGUCCAGUUACCUGUAGCCCAUUUCCUUAUGUUGCCAUCCCUUUUUGCACCUGCAAUGAUGGUCCUUGCCCCUCUUUUGAACCUCGAGAUACAGAAACACAAGAUGAAUCUCCAAGACAUUCACAAGCUACCUCAAUUGACCAGGACAAAAUUGAAGGACUAAGACAGGAGAGAGCAACCUGUUCAAGCAUGUUUUGGGGCAGGAGGAGCUGCAGCAGAGAACAUCAAUGCAAUUCAGAAAUAAAUGCUUGAUUGGUUGAGAUCCAUUCCAAGAAAGAGCUUAAGUCGUAGGUUCCAUUGCUAAACAAUAACCCGCGGCGACGAGAGAGACGGAUUUCUAAUGGAGGCAAUAUCCCUUGCUGAAAUCAUACUUGUUUUUUUGGUAAUAUUAUUAUGUACUUAUUAUAAAUUGAAGAAAAUUUUAAUUUUGUCUUCGUUGAAAUUUAAUUACUAUUUCACAUUAGCAUUAAUAUUACAUAACUAUUAUUAUGAAACUUAAUUAGAAUCCGGCUAUGAGAACAUUGAAUCAAAUCGAGUAGCUUGGGACCUCAUGAUAAUCAUGGUAAGCACCUUUCCAUAGCUUGCCACGUACCCACCAAAAGGGUUAUUAUAUAAAGCGCUGAUUUAAACGGGAAAGGGGUCUACAUACACAACCGAAACCUAGUUCUUACAUUAUAAUAGUCACCUCACCUAGCAGUAGUGCGCACGGUAGUCAAGAUUACAAAGUGAAAUACCAUCACAGAAAACAUGCGUAACAAUGUCGACAUUCCCUUUUUUUUUUUCUUUUGAAAGCAGAGGAAACGAUAUUUUGACGUGGAUUAUUAGUAGAGUAGUAU